GUGUUGACAUGGCGACCGGCAGUGCGACGUUGCUGCUGCCGCUGGUGCUGGCAUUCGCGCUGUCCGCCUACGGGACUGCUGAGGCUAAUGAGCUAAGUCAUCGGGAAGUAUCGGCAUGGCUGGCUUCGGGGCCACGGCCGGGACGAUUCGCGAGAGGCACAAGGUCGGGAAGCAGCUCUGGCGGCAGCAGCUCUGGGGGCAGUCGGACGUCCAAGACGGGGACGAGCUCUGGGGGCGGUGGAACGUCCAAGACCGGCUCGACGAGCACCGGCGGCCGGCGGGCGUCAGACGCGGGGCAGAGUUCCGGGCACAAGGUGAAGGCUACCACCAGCAAACCGUCGUCCACUGGCCUCUCCGCGAGCGGCCGGCGGGCGACAACGACGAGCAAGACGACGACCACCACCACUGCCAGGGCGCCGUCUCCCACUGCAGCAACUAGCGCCAGCUCACCGGCGCCCGCCUCAUCGACGACACUGCAGCUACCCGUCUACAACUCGACGAGCACCCCCACGUCUGCUGCACACAGCAGCGAGUCUGCCUAACUAAUACGGCGAGCUUGAGACGUAAAUAUUAUUGUGGCAGUGUUCGUUUCUGUGACCUAUAAUGGAGAAAGAACCAGUAACAAUGAUGAAGAUGUGCACGUGUGUUUGCCUGUCCUUGAAGCUUAUACUUCCGCUUUGCUACUAAAUGUUGAAUAACUAUUUCAAGUUUUUUUCUACAAUAUGUAUUCUACUUUCAAUAAAUCCUCAUACUAUAAC